AUGGCAUUGGCAGUGGGAGAAUUCGAGGACCAUGAGGAACCUGAUGAAGAACCAAGUGAGGGGGAAAUCAAUGAAGAAGAGGGCGAUGGCAAUGAUGAUGAAGACGAGAGUAAGGAUUGGGGUGAUAGCGAUGACUCCGAUGCUCAAAGUGAUGAUGAGGGACAAUAUUCAGAAGAUAGUGAGGAUAUCAAAGAAUAUGAGAUCAUCAUUGAAGGCAAUAUAGAACCUAUAGAAGAACAGAUGAUUAGAAUUUAUGGGAAGUUAGGUGAGAUGAAAGUCAAAGUUGAGGAGAUUGACCAGAUGUUAGGUGAAGUAACCAUCAGUGAAUGCUACUACGCAGAACAAAUGGAAAACCUUGAGGAAAUAGGGGGAGAAGACAUGCUUGCAGAAAUAAUGGAUGCAGGGGUCAAAUGCCUUUCUAACGUAGUGAAGAAAUUACGAGCUAGGGCUCUUGAUAUCUAUGGAGGACCUUGA